AUGUAUUUCUCCAAAACUUUGGUCCUAUUUGCUUCCCAUCUUGCGCUCUCUUCCGCAGCAGGAUGCGGCAAGUUUGAUGCCUGUGUCGGCACCGAAACUUGCACUACAGUCACCUUCACGAAACCUACUGCCACGACGGUGACAACCUGUGUGCCGACUGCCACCUGUCUGAGUGUUUACGCAAACUGCUAUUUGCCAGACAACACUGUCGGUAAUUGUUGCUCAGGCUAUUGUGCUGCGAGUAAAUGUAGGUCGACGGACGAGAAGUGGCCGAGUUGUCAGGAAGAUAAUGGGCCUUGUUUGUCGGAUGAGAAUUGUUGCUAUUCUUAUCGGAAUAAGUGUGUGAAUGGGAUUUGUACUAAGCCGCAGGUUUGUGGUAAGUUGUGA